ACUGCACAUGCUACAGCAAAUACACCAAUCAGCCUAAUAUUAAAAGCACUGACAGCUGGUUUGACAAGGGCCAAAUUGUGAUGGUUAGAUGACUGGGUCAGAGCAUCUCCAAAACGGUAGGUCUUGUGUGGUGUUCCCAGUGUGCGGUGGUUAGUACCUACAAAAAGUGGUCCAAGGAAGGACAACCGGUGAACCAGCGACAGGGUCAUUGAUGCACACGGGGAGCGAAGGCUAGCCCGUCUGGUCCGAUCGCACAUAAGAGCUACUGCAGCACAAAUUGCUGAAAAAGUUAAUACUGGCUAUGAUAGAAAGGUGUCAGAACACACAGUGCAUUAUAGCUUGCUGUGUAUAGGGCUGCGUAGCCACAGACCGGUCAGAGUGCCCAUGCUGACCCCAGUCCACUACUGAAAGUGCCUACAAUGGGCACAUGAGGAUCAGCACUGGACCAUGGAGCAAUAGAAGGCCUGGUCUGAUAAAUCCAACUUCCCCAGAUUUCAAUCCGAUCGAGCACCUGUGGGAUGUGCUGGACAAACAAUUCUGAUCCAUGGAGGCCCCACCUUGCAACUUACAGAAUUUAAAGGAUCUCCUGCUAACAUCUUGGUUACAGAUACCACAGCACACCUUCAGAGGUCUUGUGGAGUCCAUGCCUUGAUGGGUCAGAGCUAUUUUGGUGUGGAACCUACACAAUAUUAUGCAGGUGGUUUUAAUGUUAUGGCUGAUCAGUGUGUGUGGGCUAUUGCAGUUGAAUAGUAUGGAGCAGUAAAAAAAAUUGCACAGGAGGGCUAAAUGCAUUCUUAACACAUGACCCAUGACAUUUUACUUCAGUCAGAUAGCAUGAUAUACCCUUCAACCAGACCCUGUUGAACCUGUUUCUUAGACCUACCACAACAUAAAACAUAAAUACAAAGUAUGACAUUGGUUAGAUGAAUUGCUGUGAUAUAAGAGGAAUAAAACACUUUGGGACAUGCUGUUCAACAUACCCAGUUCUGUGUUAUUCCUUACUUAUUACAUUUUGUAUCAAAAUAUAAUAAGAUGCAGGCUCAUUUAAAGCCAUUAUCACAGUAAACACAUGUAUCAGCCUCACUCACAUUACAUUUGCUUACACAGUGAAACACCCGUUUGUAAGAGAUUUGCUCACCAUUGCAAAAUGAGAUCACAGUCCAUUGAUCUUCAAUAGGAAGGUAUUUGGAUCUACAAUGGGGUCAUGAGACCUUCACACUAAAGGAUUGGGUUUUGAAUGCUUCCAGAUUGGCAAACAGGCACUGUGCAGAGCUGGAGCUUGAUGUGAAUCAAGAUAUUAGAUAUUAUUUUUCUUAGAUGUUAUUGUGAUCCCUGGAUUUUGCUGUGGAUCCAUGCAAAUCCUGCAAAAGUAGUGUUUGGUGCUACUGAAAGACACUGCAGAGUGCUGGAGCUGUGUGUAGGAAAAUCAUGCUGUCAUGCUGCCAUGUGCUUGUGUUGGUGCUGUGUGUGUCUGCGGCUAAGGACUUCGACUGGACAAAGAACGACCACGGCUCCUUCUAUUAUGGCACUUUUCCAACUGGAUUUUCGUGGGGUGCCGGCAGUUCAGCCUACCAAACAGAAGGAGCUUGGGACAAGGAUGGCAAAGGACUGAGUAUUUGGGAUGUGUUCUGUCAUAAGAAGGGAAAAAUCUUCUUUAACAAUACAGGAGACUCUUCAUGCGAAGGCUACUACAAAGUUAAGGAUGAUGUAUCCUUGAUAAAAGAACUCAAUCUGAAGCACUAUCUCUUCUCCAUCUCCUGGCCUCGGGUCAUUCCCACUGGGAUCAGGUCUGAGUAUGUGAAUGAGAAAGGACUCAAGUUCUAUGAUACCCUCAUUGACCAACUGCUGGAAAAUAAAAUCACUCCUAUUGUGACCCUAUAUCAUUGGGACCUUCCACAGGUUUUGCAGGAAAAAUUUGGAGGCUGGCAGAACAUCAGCAUGGUGAAUUACUUUAAUGACUUUGCCAGUCUUUGUUUUGAAAGAUUUGGAAACCGUGUGAAACACUGGAUCACCUUUAACAACCCAUGGUCAGUGGCAGUAGAGGGAUAUGAAACAGGAGAACAUGCUCCAGGCCUGAAGCUCAAAGGCACAGGGGCCUACAGGGCUGCUCACCACAUCAUCAAGGCACAUGCUAAGGUUUGGCAUACCUAUGAUAGUCAAUGGCGAAGCAAACAAAAUGGUUUGGUGGGAAUCUCACUGUCUGGAGACUGGGGAGAGCCAGUGGACAUUACCAACUCUAAGGACAUAGAGGCAGCUGAAAGAUAUGUCCAGUUCUAUAUGGGCUGGUUUGCUACACCCAUCUUCCAUGGAGACUAUCCUCAGGUCAUGAAGGACUUCAUAGGUAGGAAGAGUUCUCAGCAGGGGUUUAGAACAUCUCGACUUCCCGCCUUCUCCUCUCAGGAGAAGGGUUACAUUAAAGGCACGUGUGACUUCCUUGGAGUAGGGCACUUCACCACACGCUACAUCACCCAGAAGACUAGCCCUCCAGACCGUGGUAGCUCCUACUAUACAGACCGAGACCUGGCUGAGCUGGUGGACCCACGCUGGCCUGAUCCUGGCUCAGAAUGGCUCUACUCUGUGCCUUGGGGCUUCCGGCGUCUGCUCAACUUUAUCAAGACUCAGUAUGGGAACCCCAUAAUCUACAUCACUGAAAAUGGAGUCUCUGAGAAAAUGAUGUGCACAGAGUUGUGUGAUGACUGGAGGAUCCAGUAUUACCGAGAUUACAUCAAUGAGAUGCUGAAAGCCAUCAGAGAUGGAGUGAAUGUGAAGGGCUACACUGCGUGGUCUCUGCUGGAUAAGUUUGAGUGGGGUGAAGGCUACUCAGAGAGAUUUGGCCUGUAUUAUGUAGACUUUAAGAGUAAGAACAAAACCCGUUACCCCAAGGCCUCUGUUCUAUACUAUAAACACAUCAUCAGCUCCAACGGAUUCCCUAAUCUUAGAGAGGUUGAGAACUGGAAGAGGAAGGCUGCAGAGAUGUGUUCAGCUAGCAACCGGCUCCUGGCUGCAGAGGAACAGAGAAGUACAGCUACCAAUAUUUUAAGACUUAUUCAUGAUCCCUUGACCAACCACAUGGAGAUGGUAACAGAGAUAGUCGUUCCCACUGUGUGCACCCUCUGCAUUCUCAUCACUGCACUUUUUCUUAUGUUUCUCCUUCACAGACGCACCUAGCAGAGAAGCAAGAACUCACCACAUACAUACUCAGACACUUCUAAUAUUUCUAACCUAUUCUACAAAAAAACAAAAAAAAGCAAACAAAAAACCACCAUAUAUACAGUGUCUAUGGGUAUUCUCAAGCUAAAUGUGAUACUUUUUAAGACCAAAUUUUGACUGAUGAUACACCACAUCUAAACUUCCUUGUAUGUGUGGUGGGAAAUAUAUUUAUAUUUUCUUACAGUCGAGGUGUCGACGUAUGUUAUAAGAAGAAAAACCCAUUUUGGUCAAAACCUGAUUUGCCAGAACUCAGCGGCAGCGACAUCCAACAGGUUUUCCCAGACCACCACAUAUUUAUUCACUGUGUGUCUGAUGUCAAACAUUUUUAAAACAGAUAGAAUCACAUAGGAGAAUGAAAAAUAAAAGACUGGAUUAAGAACUUUAAAUUUUAAUUUAUACCAAUUCUAUCCCCAUUUAGGCCAUUUAUUCAUAAAAUGUGAGUUGAGACAAAAAAAAAGACUUUUUAGAGGACCCAGGACAC